GCGGCGCCAGCGACCGACCGACCGACCCUGUUGGAACUGAGUGAGCAUCGACGCCACCUUGUUGCUUGUCCGUUGUUGUAUCGAUGCGCCCUGCUGCGGACCGGGUCCUCUCUGCGCGAGCCGCUCCUUACCCAACGUCUCUUUCGGUCCCCCAGAUCGGCAUGAAUCCGCCGUUAUCAGCAUAGCCACCGCGUAUAUCGUGAGCACAGCAGCAUGAUAGACCACGUCCUGGGGCGUCCCUCGUCCAAAUCGCGGCGCCUGCAGGUCCUCGCCGUCCUCUCCUUUUGGACCUUUUACCUAUACAGAGGCAACCGCCAUGGCCCGCCCGUCGCGAGGUCCAUCUCGGGCCUCCUGUCGCGCCGCCUCACGGCCUGGCAGACGUUCCUCAUGACCAUGAUGUAUCUGUAUGCCUCGCGCAACUUCAGCGCCCUCGUAGGGCUCGCGAGCCCCGAGCCCAUGGCCAACAUGUACGACAAGACAUACUUCCGCGCCACCUGGGUGCUGACGGCCCUCGACGCCGGCUUCUGGACCGCCAUGCGCAUCCGCAUCCCCUGGCUCCGCGACAUGGCCAGCAUCGUCUUCUCGCUCUUCUACCUCGUCGCCGCCGAGCGCGCCGACGAAAAGGUCCGCAAGGUCCGCGGCGUCAUCACCGUCGACCACCUGCGCGUCUCGUGGAACAAGGGCAAGACGCCUUACCUGGCCUUCCUGCAGCGCCUCCUGCGGCCCCGGUUCACGCGGUGGCCGCCCCGGCAGAUCCGGAUCCCCCGGCCCUCGGGCAGCGACUACACCGAGCCCGUCGCCGCCUGGCUCUACUACGACGGACCCGUCGCCGACCUGGCCCACCACAGCCGUGUCAUCCUCGACAUUCCCGGCGGCGGCUUCGUCGCCAUGGACCCCCGCUGCAACGACGACAAGCUCUUCGCCUGGGCGUCCAAGUCGGGCCUGCCCAUCCUCAGCCUCGACUACAAGAAGGCGCCCGAGUAUCCGUACCCGCACGGGCUCAACGAGUGCUUCGACGUCUACGCCACCAUCAUCAAGACCAAGGGCCGCUGCAUCGGCAUGUCGGGGCGCGAAACCCCCCGCGUCAUCAUCACCGGCGACAGCGCGGGCGGCAACCUGGCCGUCGCGUCGACGCUCAUGAUCCUCGAGACGGCUAGCACCGAGUUCCGACGCUUCGCCGGGCGCGAGAGCCUGCCGCCGCCCGACGGCCUCGUGUGCUUCUACCCGGCACUGGACAUGAACAUUGGCAACUGGAUGACGGACGAGCAGAUGUCACUGAUUCGCGACCGCAAGAUGCGCAAAACGAACCGCUCCAUCGUGCGGCGCAAGAGUAUGCAGUACAACGAGCUCGUCGGCACGCCACACCACUCUGACGACGAAGACGACAGCCCGCCCGCACCAGACGACAAGCAGACGGCGGCGGAGCCGACGGAUCCGCACGAGUCGCAGCCUCAGUACGCGCACUCGGGGCCCUCGUCCCUCAGCCACCCCGCAGCCGCAGUGAAGGCGUCCAAGGAGGAGAAGGAGGACAGGCGGGGGGCGGACGGCGGCAUGUCGCACCGUGCCCAGCCCAUCAAGACGCGGCUCGCGACGUCGUCGAUGAUUUCCUACUUCAACGACCGCGUGCUCACGCCGGAGAUGAUGCGGGCCAUGAUCAUCCUAUACAUUGGCGCGCACAACCGGCCCGACUUCACGCAGGAUUACCUCCUGAGCCCCGUGCUGGCGCCCGAGUCGCUACUCGCGCGGUUCCCCAAGACGUACUUUAUGACGGGCGAGCGGGACCCCCUGGUCGACGACACGGUCGUGUUCGCGGGCCGGCUGCGGCGGGCCAAGGAGGCGGCGGCGCGGGAGCGGAGCGCGGAGCGCACGUUUGACGACGGGGAGGCGGCCGAGGUGAUGCUCAUCCCGGGCAUCUCGCACGGCUUCAUGCAGUUCCCGGGCAUCUACCCGCCGGCGUGGCGGCACUUUGAGCGGUGCGCCGCGUGGUUCGAGCAGCUCUUCACUGAGGCGGAGCAGGCGCGGACGCGACACCUCCGGCCGCCGCAGACGCCGCCGCCCGUAACGGAGCUCUCGAUGACGAUGCCGCAGCCGCAACAGCCGCAGCAUAACGGCCAGGCGGCAGCAGGGGCGGCUCCGUCGCGGCGGCACCACCGGCGGAACCCCACGACGGAGUCGAGCGGCGACGAGGACCGGCCGCUCGAGAUUAGCAUGACCAAGAUGAGCCGCGGCCGGGGAACGCCAGCCAAGGACAACGUCGAGGGGGGUGAGGAGGACGGGAAGAAGAAGGAGAACAAGAAGAACAAGAAGACAGACGGGAGAACGCCCACCAACGGAAACGACAGCAGCAGCACCAGCGGCAACGGAAACGGCAACGGCAACGGCAACGGUGCCGCAGCCAAGAGGGGCAAGAAGGCGCUCAACAAGAACAUGAGCCUGGUGAAGCUCAAGAGCACCGACGACCUGCUGGGGCGGCGGAUGCACGGGCUGGCGAGCGGGCUGACGGGGACGGGGGCUGAAGACUAGGUAGGCAGCCACUUGCCGCGGUAGAUAAAGAGCUAGGUGGGUGAGCGGAUGGGCAUUGAGCGGGAGCAUGCGGAGCUUUUGACACUUUUGACGAGCGACUGGUGAUUUUUGUCUACAUAUAUGGCUGUUGAAUACGAAGUAACUACCAUGACUGCCUGCCUGUCUGUUGGUCUGUCUAUCUGUCUGUCUG